UUGUCACACUCUGGGUCUCCUCAGGGGCCAGAGAACAGAAAGAAAACCCAAGUGUGCUGAGCGAGGGGUGAAGCCAGGAGUGCCACACCGGCCUGGAGGCCCCUCUUCAGGAGGAGCCCGAAAUUUGAAGAGUUUAUUUCCCAUCGGAGACUCCAAACCCAAUAAAUAGAAAAGUACUGUCCAAGAUGACUGUCACUUACUCCAGUAAAGUAGCAAAUGCGACUUUUUUUGGAUUUCAUAGGUUACUCCUCAAAUGGAGAGGCAGCAUCUACAAAUUGCUGUACAGGGAAUUUAUUGUUUUCGCUGUUCUUUACACAGCAAUAAGUUUGGUGUACAGAUUGUUACUUACAGGAGCCCAAAAACGUUACUUUGAAAAAUUAUCAAUUUACUGUGACAGAUAUGCUGAACAAAUUCCAGUAACCUUUGUGCUUGGGUUUUAUGUUACUCUGGUUGUGAACCGGUGGUGGAACCAAUUUGUGAAUCUUCCCUGGCCAGACAGGCUGAUGUUCCUCAUCUCCAGCAGUGUCCACGGGAGGGACGAGCAUGGGCGCCUGCUCAGAAGGACAUUGAUGCGCUAUGUCAACCUCACGUCCCUGCUCAUCUUCCGCUCGGUGAGCACGGCUGUGUAUAAAAGAUUUCCAACCAUGGACCAUGUGGUUGAAGCAGGUUUUAUGACAGCAGAUGAAAGAAAAUUAUUCAACCACCUCAAAUCUCCUCACCUGAAAUACUGGGUUCCAUUCAUCUGGUUUGGAAAUCUCGCAGCUAAGGCCCGAAAGGAAGGCAGAAUCAGAGACAGCGUAGAUCUGCAAUCAUUGAUGACUGAAAUGAACCGAUACCGCUCUUGGUGCAGCCUUUUAUUUGGCUAUGACUGGGUUGGGAUUCCGCUGGUUUACACCCAGGUUGUCACCUUGGCCGUCUACACCUUCUUCUUUGCAUGCUUGAUUGGACGCCAGUUCUUGGAUCCCACCCAAGGCUAUGCAGAGCAUGACUUAGAUCUCUACAUUCCAAUCUUUACUCUCCUGCAAUUCUUCUUCUAUGCAGGAUGGCUCAAGGUAGCCGAGCAGCUUAUCAACCCUUUUGGAGAAGAUGAUGAUGAUUUUGAAACUAACUGGUGCAUUGACAGAAAUUUGCAGGUCUCUCUUUUGGCUGUGGAUGAAAUGCACAUGAGCUUACCCAAGAUGAAGAAGGACAUUUACUGGGAUGAUUCUGCUGCUCGACCCCCAUAUACGCUGGCAGCUGCUGACUACUGCAUACCCUCAUUUCUGGGCUCAACAGUCCAAAUGGGGCUGUCUGGGUCUGACUUCCCCGGCGAGGAGUGGCUGUGCGACUACGAGAAGCACGGCCAUCGUCACUCUGUGAUAGGAAGGGUCAAGAGGUUCCUGAGCACCCACGAACAACCCCCCAUGCCCAGGAGGAGAAGCUACGGGAGGCAGACCAGUGACAGCUCCAUGUUCUUUCCCCCGAGUGACCUCAGCGCCGCCCAGGAUCUGCUGGACGUGCCCUGCAGAAGCCCCCACCGCGCCACAGCCACGCGGAAGCAGUUCUCCUCCCCAGAGGGGAGCCCCAAGCAGUACUGCAGCCUGGGCGAGCUGUCCACGAUCAGGGAGGCCAGCCGGACCAGCACUUUACAGAGCCUGACCCCGCAGUCCAGCAUGAGGGUCUCCCUCACCAAAAUGCCGCAGGUCCCCGAGGUCCUGAUCACAGCGGCGGAAGCCGCAGAGCCCAUAUCUCAUGGCUCCACUGCCUCCGUCCAGAGCUCCGAGUUCACUGGGGUUCAGCCAAGCAGUCCUGGGCAGCAGGAGGACCCGGGGGGACCCAUCCUGUUCCCCUCAGAAAAAGGGACACCUCCUAGGGAGAGCAGUCCCCAGAGUGUUUCAGUGGAAGCUGAGAGAAACAUCCCCCUGUUAGCCUCUGAGGAAGACCCUAAUGACAAUGACAAGUUCUGGCCAAGGUGGAGCGGCCCAAGGAUCCUGGGGCCCCACUGCACCUCCCAGGCGGGCCUAAGUCCAGAUCCCCUGAGUCCUCAGCCGAUUCUUUUACUUGACACAGAAACAUCCCCAGACACCAGGGGAAUCAACCCAGUAGCUGGCUCUCAAGUCUCUCCUCAUGUGCUGUAUUUACUGGAAAACCUGGACACCAAGGAAACAGACAUCAUCGAUUUUAACAAUGAGCAAACAGAGGAAUCACCCCAAGGAACGCCAGAAAGUUCCAGGACCUGGUUCUAGCCUAGAUUCAUACUUUCCCAGAAGUUACGCAUUAGUUAUAGAAUAUGACUGGAGACUGGCAAUUUUUUUAAAAAACCAUCAUAGUGUACAAGCUACUCAAAACUUUGAAGGGCAUUAAGAUCCUGACUUUGGAGAACUGAGAAAAUCAAACACAUUCAUGUCAUCCAUCCCAAAGUAACUUCCAUGGAAGUUACAUAGACCAUAGUGACAUAUCUUAAUCAGAUAAGGAAUCUUAAAAAUAUAUAUAUAUGAUGGAUGCAUUCAUAGACCGUUAGCUCUAGAAUCAGCCUCCAUAGGCCCAUAGUCUAAUCCCUUAGCUUUGCCAACAGGGAGACAAAGGAGUCUCUUUCCCUUUUUUUUUUUUUUCCUUCAAUCAGAGACAGGGAGGUGGAUCAUGUAAUGCCUCAAAAGCCCCAUCCUCAUUACGAUUCUUUGAGGCUGUCUAGCCAUUGCACUCCUAUUUUUAUAGCUACUGUCACUUCCUAAUAUUUAAGCUUCCUCUGCAUCUGGAAGCUCCACCUAUCCUCAAUUUCAUUUUCUACUUUCAAGACUUCACUAUGCUCUCUUCUCCCUCUAUUCUCUCAUCCUUCUGUCUGUCCUGCUACUCUACUAACCUGCCUGGCCUUUCAGCUUACAGUAUUUUCUCUUGCCAACUCCGUUGCCUACUUCUUACCAUGGUUUUCAAAUAUGAGCCAUCGGGAAGGGCCCUGCAGAGGAGUCAAAGCUGGCAAACCAGCCGCACCUGCCACCCCGCUCACAGAAGGGGCUGGGAGCUGGUGGGCCCCACCUUGUGCUCCGCAGCUGUUGCUCUACCUUCCUGCAUCCACCCUUUAGUCUUGAACCCUGGGGAAACAUGAAGUCAAGUGGACAUGGAACCAAAGAAUAACGAGGCUUGAAUGCAUUUAACUCAAACUCUUAGAGCAAAACUCCCAAGGUCACAGCAUGGGACCAUUUCCUGCAUCUGCCAUGUUGUCUGGGUUGAGGUAGGAUAUUGGAGCUGGGAGGAGAAGGGGCCCAGGGCUGCACAAUGCAGAUGGGAGGCUCACAGCUGCCUCUGAGAGUUCUUGGGGCAGCUGUUUACUGGGGCCUUCCAACUUCACCUUGUGAGUGUUGCUCGAUCCCUGUCAUGUGAUGCAGCUCUGCCUCAGAAAUAAAAUAACUUUAAUUGCUGCCAUUUAUUGAGUGCUCACAGUUCCAGGCAACAGUGUGUGAUGCUCACAGAUAAUCUCACUAAUCGUCACAGGAAUCCUACAAGUUGAUGUCCUCUUACCUCCAUUUUAAAGAGGAAGAAUAUGGCCUUUGGAGAAGUACAGCAUUAUGACUAGAACCACAUAGCCAAGAAGUGGCAGAGCCCAGAUUCAAACCCAGGCUUGGGACUCAAGAGCCCUCACUCUGAGCCAGCAAGCCCUCUCACUGGACUGUGUGUCAGGUCUUGACUCGGCCAAUAGUCUGCCCAGAACCCUACCGCCAAGGGAACCAUGCCUAAACCUCUCCAGCCUGGAGGCCCCUCUGUGUCCUCCCUGUUUGGGUCUGCCUGUGCCUCUUAUGUGCACAGGAGGGCACUGCUCCACCUUUGAGCCCAGUCACAGUUCUCUCAAAUUUUCUGACCAAAGAAAAUUGGCAGGGCCUCUCCCUCCCUCCUGCCUACUCCUCCUAUUACGCAAUGUUAUAAUCAGCACAUGUUUACCAGAUAUUGCAUCCAAUGAACCAUCCCAGCUGCAAUAUUUACUUUAACUAUUGUUUCUCAAAGAAACUAAAAGGAAAUCAUAUUGGAAGAAAUGCUGUACCCUGAUGGUUCUCUGCAAAAGUGCGAGCCUGUGGGAAGACACUGGUUUUCUCAAAGCCUCCCAUACAGAUGGUACCAUGAAGCUCAGUAUAAAAUGCUGAAAGGCAGGCACCCUAGCCUCCCCCUGCCUCCUGUGCUAUGUUCUUGGAUGUUUCAGCCUAAGUCCUCUGUUCUCUUCAGUUUUAUCUACUGCUCGGAUUCAAAUACUUUUCUACUUAGCUGCUUUUGAAAUAUAAUCAGUUUGUGUUCCUAAGUCCAAGUGAGAAAUGGUACACAAGUAGAAUCAUACAUUUGUGGAGGACCAAGAGAGUGUCCAUGUACCUCUGCUUCCAUCCAUCCCUUAUGCACCUUUGUCCACAAAUUUAUUUAAUUUCCUCAAUAUUGCAUCAAAAUCUAAGGUGGCCUCCCAUUUCCUCCCUGCACUGAGAAAUGAGCCUGUGUGGUUCAAUUCAGCUAUAAAUUCAAGCCAGCAAUUGCCCAGCUCACAAGAAGAUAUUCUCUAGUUAUUUGAAAAUGAGGUUUUACCCAACAUAGACCAAAUGCUAAAACAAAAUGCUUUCUUCCCAGGUGCCUGAUUUCAUUGCCUGCCUGGCCCAUUUUCUCCUGAGCUCUGGAAACUUCCACCCCUGGAUGAAUGGUCCCAUGACCUGGUGGCUUGUUCAUUGCAAGGACAGGCUCUGUUCUGCGUGAGAUGUAAUCCAAAAGCCAGAAGGUACAACAAAGCCGACCCCUAUUUGCUGCAAGCUCUCUCUGCCCACUAGGGACAACUCUGCCCUGACGCCAGCGUCCACAGGUCAGGAAAAGCAAAGGCCCACAAGCUUUUUCUCAUUCAAGAAUUUGGGGGAUGACUGGCCCCCCACAAAACAACGAAGGCUCUUCUCUCUGCAUCUGUAAAUGUCCUGUGUGCUUCCUGGCUCACCACCACUCCCACUCCAGGCAUCCACUUUCAGCCCAGCUCAGCUAAACUAUGGAAAACAUAUUUUAAAUGGAAUAGAGAAAUGGUAACUUUACCAUUAAAGAAAAGACUCCCUUAAACAUAUAUCCUCUUUUUCAGUGUUUUUCCCCUCUGGCUUUUUCUCCAGAGAAAUUAAGUCAAUCCUCAGUCAUUAUUCUCAGACCUUCUCUUCAUAAACUCUGCUCCCCAAGAACUUGCUGAGCCCAGGCAGCCAUGGGGCAUAACAGCAAGGACUAUAAAACCGGCCUGUGACUUCCCUCCAAGCAGCUUUAUGAACUUGAACAAGGCCUCGUCCCUCUGAAUCCCGUCUGCUCAUCUGUGAAAUGGGCUUUCCUCUGCACCAGCUCCCUGGCCAUUGGGAGGCUCGAAGGUGUUGAUGUGGAAAGGCUGAGCUGGGGCCCCAGUUCACACUGUCUGGGGGACAGCAUUACUGGGACAGAUCAUCCCCGGCCUCACCCCAGCUGCAGGAGAAGAACUCAUGCCCUCCUCUUCAGUCAUCUGCUUGUCAGGAUCCCCUUAUUCUCCAGGACUGCAGCCUCUUUCAUUCAAAAAGCUUGUCAUUUCUCUUUUGGCCUUAUUUUGUAUGCUCUUUCAUCUGUUUCUGAGCAUCUGCCACCUCUACCUUCUGUCUAGCAUUUUCCAUCAUUCCCUCAUCUCUCACCAUAUCCCAGGUCUCAUCCCCCAUGGUGACCAGCUCCUCCCCAAACCUGGUAUAUAUGUAUCAAUCCCCUCAAUCAAAAUAUGGAAUGAGAGAAAAAUGAAUUGCUCUUGCUCUUUCUGCUAUAAUUCUAGGGGAUUAGUACCCCUGGCUCGAAGUCAGAAGACCCUCUUAGGGUGUCUGAUCUCCCUAAACUUGCUCUUACGGCCACUGAUUAGGAACAACUACAGCUGUAAAAAUUCCCAAGCAAAAGCCAAAUUCGAAUCCAGUUUCUCCCGUCCUUCCCUCAUCAUCACCACCAUCGCCGACAGAAUCCAUGGCAAGCAUUUCCUGGGGUGCGGAAUAUCAACAGUAACAGCCAAGGAGUUUCCUCAUUUCUUCCUCUCAAACUAUCUCAGGGACAUCCUCAGUCCCUUCACCCGCUGUUUCCUUAGUUCUAUGAACCCUGGUUUUUAGGACAGUCUUUCCCACUGAAAUGACCGUUGAGUCAAAAGAAACAAUUUCAGAAUGCCAGGAUCAUUCUCUUACUGAAAAUCUUAGAAAACCCAGAAGCCAGAGCUUAAGACGCAGGACCCCAGCGAGCAUUUGCUUCUGUCCAAACUCCACUCUCCCUGCUGCCCCUCUGCUGUGUGUGGCCAGCUCCCCAAUGGCCAAGGCAGGUGGAAAACGGAAGCAAAUACCCUGGAAAGUAGGGCAUGAAACCAUACUUGCCCUGAUUACUCAAUUUACGCAGACUGAAGAUUCAGUUCUGUGUUCUGUUUAGUUUUGUUUCGGAACUAAUGCAGAAAAUAGGCCCAAGCCCCCCUUUCACCACAGGUAGAUUCGGCCAGAUUGUUUCCUGGAACCAUUUCACUGAGCUUCAAGUUUUAAACAUUUCCCCAAAAGAGUGAGUGAAGGGAAUAUUGUAUCUUGUAUCCUAAAAACAAGUAAAAGCAUUUCUAAAAUAGAUUUUGUGCAGAAAUGCCACUGUGCCCCAGGUUCUUUGUCUAGGCUAGCAGUGAUCAGGGGACAUUUUGGUUGUCACACUGGGGACUGUGACUGGCAUCUAGCAGGAAGAGGCCAGGGGUGCUGCUUGAUAUCCUGCAAGACCCCACCACAAUUACUGGGCCCCAAAUACCGAGCUGGGGAUCUGAUUCAGGCCAAUAGGAAAAGUAAAAAUGAGAUAAGCACCCAGGAAAUCAAUGAAGAGAAAUAAGAGAGAAAAAAAACUAGAAGAGAACAAGGGAACCCAGAAACUGGCUAGAUUCCUAUUCUGUGCCCAGGCUGUGAGCUAACCGCCAUUUCUCCCUGAUGCUAAAAGGAUCUGAUAGGCCACAUCCAGAAAAACAGGAUGUGAGCCCAGAGGUGCACCCUCAGAGAUCUCCUGGGAUGGCUCUUACAGCAAGAGUAGUUCAGCACCUUUGUAAGCCUAAGAGUGUAGCUUACAUAAAAGGUAACAAUCAUAUACCAAAUAUUGUACAAGAACUUGCGCCAAUAAACUGCUAGACAAUGGAGAGCCAUCUUACCCAGCGUCAGCCUUUAUAUAGUCUUACUUAGGACCAAACCAAUAAACCAUACCUUCUUGAGAAAUAAUUCAGCAUUUUAUUUUUUACAGAAGGAAUUUUUUAGAAGGAAAUAGUUAUGGUGGGUAGGAUCAGUCUAUCUCCUCCCUGCAGGCCAAGCACCUCCAAGAGAGUACAGCAGGGAACUGGCACUGUCUCGGAUGAUGUCACCAGCUGGACUUAUAGUCAUCCAUCAAACAUGAAGCAUUACCGGGGUCAGGCGUUCAGCUGAAGGUGGGUGGGUGGGAGUUGCGCCCUUCUGCCCACCUGCCUGACCUGUCACUCCUCUGCAGGGCUGUGUCAAUAACAAAUGCCCUCAGAAGCUGAGCCGGUUGGUUCGUUGCUUUCCUUUCAUCCCUAGUCCCGUUCCCCCUCCCAACUAUUCUAAUUUGUUUAAUGUAAAGCCCUUUGUUUCUAUAUGUUCUUACAAAACAUGUAUUACUGCUUUGGUUACUGGACCCUACAAACUCCAAGGGGAAAAGCAUUUUGCAAGCAAAGGAUCAGUCUCAUUUGUUUCCUAAUAAAAACAGAAUUCAAUCACUUUCAUCACUAAGGAAAGUGAGAACACAAGCAGAUUCACCUCCCUUCCCUGUGAACUUGCUCCUCCUGGCCCUGAUUCAGAGGCUGGGAGGAUCCUGCUACUUCCGUCCAAGGAAGAAGGUCCAGGUAUAGCUGCCAGAGGUCAGAUGGGAUAACGCCAUUCUCAUGGGUAUAGUGGAAAUGGGGCACUUGCCCACCUGUCCGAGGAGGCAGCCAUGCCCCUUCCACUGGGAUGUGAGCUCCAUUCACUGUCUUAUGCAAUCAGUGUACCCCCCUUGCUUAGGACAGUGCCCGACAGGGAGGGAGGAUGGAAGGAAGGGAGAGAAACCAAAUUAGAUAUAGAUCUAGAUCCGAAGCCGAGAGACCUGGGAAUCUCCAUCAGAUGUGGCCACAACCUUAGCUGUGUGGUCUCAAUCAAGUUAUUUGACACUUUGGACUUCAUUUUGCUCAACUCUAAAAUUAAUGGUUAGAAUAAGUGACUUCAGGUCCCCUUCAACUGCUGAUUCUAAUAAUUUUUCUGGAGAUUCUAUACAUGGGGGAGGAAGAAGAGACAAUUAUGAUAAAUAUUGAGAAAAUGGACCCAAAAGGCAGAAAGAAACAAAAAAAAGAGUGGGAUAAGGGAGAGGAUAAGGGAUAAGAGUUAACACCUACUGGGUAGUUGGGGUGUUAUGGGUGUUUUACAUUUAUCAUUUCAGUCCAUCCUCACAAAGUACUGUGACCCAUUGUAUGGGAAGAAAGAGACAUUAAAUAAGUUCCUGAAGGUAAUGUAUCAGUUAAAAUUUCCAUCAGGGAUUUCAGCGCGUGCCGCAUCAGCUCAUUGUUGACCGCUAUUCCACACUGCAUCCACAAAACAAUGGCCUAGGUUACAAGAGAAAUUUCUGGAUUUAGAAAACAACAGAUGAGCAGCCAAUUGCCAUAACCACUUAACCGGCCUCAUCGACUUGGCCUCAAAGCCUAUGGGGAAGCCAACAUUAAGUGAGUAACUUAUUAUGUGCCAGGUGCUCUUUUUAAGUUGUAGGUAGGUGCUGUACAAACACUGUCAUGUUCAAUUCUCUUUUAACAACUGUGAGGAGUUGCCAUGCCCCCUUCACAGACAAGGCAACCAAGGCUCAGGGAAGUGAAAUGGUGAGCCUGUCACAGAGCUGAUCACUGGCAGAGCUGGGAUGCCAGAUCAGGUCU